AAAAGUUGAAAAAGAAAGGGGUCUAAAGCGUAAAAUUGAUAAGGGAAGGUCGCCUCUGAGCCUGUUUGUUUGUUGUAGCUCUUUUGUCGAAAUCGCAGAGAAUUAGGGUUAGAGAUCUAGGGUUUUUAAGGCGAGAAUGGAUGAGGUUGCGAUCUUGGUUCCAAAGUUUGGGGAUGAGUUGCCGCAGCGUAAACGGAAAUUGGAGAGCUCAACCUACGCCGCCCCCGCCCCCGCCCCGAUAAGAAAUUUCCAUAAGGUUGAGUACGAUUCUUGCGAUGACGACGACGAUGAUGAUUAUAUUGCCUCUAUGGUCGAGAAGGAAUACAAUCGACAAUUUCUACAGUCUGACGGUUUCGAUGUUGAUCGCUUUGAUCUUCGGUAUGGUGGAAUAUAUCCCUACAUACUGAGAGAUGCGUAUGACUAUCCAUACGACAUGGGUCUUUUGGGUAGACUGGGACUUCACUGUUUCAAUCUUCAGAAGACUUGUGUUUGCCAAGAUUAUUCUCCCAAAGACGCAUCCUUUAUGGUGCAGACCGAAAUUUCCAGACUGAAAGUUCCUGCUGGCCCUCGGACUACUUUUAUUGGGCCUCAGAGGAGAUGGAAAGAUGAUGCAGUAGAUGAUUCUUACAAAGGUAAAAUGCCGACCUGGUUGACGGACCAAGACCUGGCUAGCAAUAAGGGGCAUUCUUAUGAGUUGCAAGAAUCAGACUGGCAAGGAAUUGAUUGGCUUCAUAUGUACGCUGAGUUUGCUUUUUACUCCAAAAGCUCUUCAUAUACGACUGACUUGAGGCCUUUUCUACCACUUGAUAUAAAGAAGAUAAUUGUACAAACUCUGGAAAACAGAGAAGCGUCACCACAUAUGAUAGACAAGGCCACCAACGCCAUCUUCUACAUAAGUUUCAAGGGAAAUGGUGAUCCGACUGGUACACCUAUGGAGUACCAAGCUAUUGUAAGGAGAACCAUGGAUGGGAUGCCGGGACACAUUUGCCUAGAAUUUGACUGCUUGGCCUACAAGUCCAGUUGAAUGUAUUCGGAAAUGUCCCUCUUAAAUUUAUGUAGCUAGGUUUAAACCCAGCGGGACAAACUUUUAUAUAAUGUAUUCCCAAUGUGUGUGUCAUUUACCUAAGUUUUAAAAUUCUUAUUUAUGACUAAAAUAUCAAUUAAACCCUCUCUCCCUUUCUUCUU